UCAGAACAUAUUACUCAGAUUCGAGCUCAGUGCUUGCUGAUCUUUAAAGUCCCUUCCAACCUAAGCCAUUCUGUGCAAAACUUGAGGGGUCAUAUUUCUUUCUCUAGCUUUUUGUCCUGCAUAAAUAAGGCAGCUGGAGAGACUGUCUGGCUCUCUGCAGCUGCCAGUGCAGAAACACAGCUCAGGGAAACACACCGAUGGAAGCAAAGCUGUGUGCAGUGCUUCUGUCUCAUUGGGCAGCAGCUGCCAGCUCCUUGUAGGAGGUCCUGGGGCUCCUGCUGCCUUCCUGCCAUCAGUACCAGCUCAAUCUCAGGCUGGGCUGCAGGGAAAGAAACAAGAACUGUGACUUCUAAAUAUACACACAUACAUAUAAAAGCACACAGUGUCUAUGAAAUACUCUGCCUCGUUUUCCCCGGGCACUUGGCUGACAGCAUUUCGGCUUGCAAUGUCCUUUCACCUGUUGCAGACUCUAGUCCCUCAGCUGGCAGAGCCGUUCCUCUCGACCCCUCUCUACAGCUCCUCGUCCCUUUGCAGCCUGCACUAUCAUUUGUAACUAAAUCGCCUUAAACCAAUUGCUUCCCCCUAUCAUCUCAAGGAGCAGAGCUGCGGAUCUGUCUUCAUUAACCACCAUUUCCGCCCCUCUGCAAUCCCACGGGCAGCGGAAGGCAAUGAAGCGUACACAAAGGCAGCAAGCGGCCGGAGCCGGCUGAGCGAUGGGGACGUGGCUCCGCCGCCUUCCAUCGGCUCACACCCCGCUGCCGCCCGCCCCGCUCCCGAACCGCCGGUACCUUGGCUGCAGCACGGCUCAUCCCGGCAGCGGCCGCGGCGCCCCGACAGGACUACGGCUCCCGGCGUGCCCCGCACUCCGCCUCCCGGCUCGCCCCGCUCCCGGCCUGCUGCCGCGCGGCGGAGCGCCGUCCAUGCCGGCGGCGGGGGGAGACAGGGCCGGGCCGGGCCCGCUCCGGCAGCGGGGAUCCCGGCGGCCGCAGGGAGCGCCGGCCGCCUCCGCGCUGUCUGCUCGUCCUCCUGCGGGCUGCAGGGCCGCGCUGGGCCUCGUCACACUCCUCAGCUUCGCCUCCCGCUUCCACCGCCUGCCCGAGCCGCCGCACGUCUGUUGGGAUGAAACCCACUUUGGGAAGAUGGGAAGUUACUACAUUAACCGGACCUUCUUCUUUGAUGUCCAUCCUCCCUUGGGGAAGAUGCUGAUUGGACUUGCUGGCUACCUGAGUGGAUAUGAUGGAACGUUUCCUUUCCAAAAGCCAGGGGACAGAUAUGAACAGCACAACUACAUGGGAAUGAGAGGGUUCUGUGCAUUCCUUGGCUCCUGCCUGGUACCCUUUGCCUACCUCACAGUGCUAGAGCUGUCCAAGUCUAUGCCAGCAGCCUUACUCACAGCUUUCAUCCUUAUUUUUGAUACAGGCUGUAUUACUUUGUCUCAGUACAUCCUGCUUGACCCCAUUCUGAUGUUCUUCCUUAUGGGAGCUGUUCUGAGUAUGGUGAAGUGUAACUCCUGUUCAGAUAGGCCAUUCUCUGCCUCCUGGUGGCUCUGGCUGAGUCUGACUGGGGUGAACCUUGCUGGAGCAAUGGGGGUGAAGUUUGUUGGCCUCUUUGUAGUCCUGCUGGUUGGUCUGAACACAAUCUAUGACCUUUGGGACUUGCUGGGGAACCUCAACGUGUCACUGGUCAUGUUUGGGAAGCAUCUCCUGGCUCGAGUGUUCUGCCUCAUCUUGCUUCCGCUCACCCUCUACGUGGCAAUGUUUGCUGUUCAUUUUGAAGUAUUAAAUAAAAGUGGUCCUGGGGAUGGUUUCUUCAGUUCUGCCUUUCAGUCCCAGCUGAUUGGGAACAAUCUUCAUAAUGUCUCCAUUCCAGAGCAUUUGGCCUAUGGGUCUGUGGUCACAAUGAAGAACCUUCGGAUGGCAGGAGGUUACCUUCACUCCCACUGGCACCUCUACCCAGAGGGCGUUGGGGCUCGCCAGCAGCAGGUCACAGCCUACUUACAUAAGGAUUUGAAUAACCUGUGGAUUAUAAAGAAGCAUGAUUCAGAUACAGCAGAUCUGUUGGAUUCCUCCAGCCCUGUGGAGUUUGUGAGGCAUGGAGACAUCAUUCGCCUGGAACACAAAGAAACUUCUAGAAAUCUUCACAGUCACCAGCAUGAGGCUCCCCUGACAAGGAAGCACUUUCAGGUCACUGGCUAUGGCAUAAAUGGAACAGGAGAUUCCAAUGACUUUUGGCGGAUCGAAGUGGUGGGCAGAAGGGCUGGGAAGCUUAUCAAAGUCCUACGGAGUAAAAUCCGGCUCACACAUGUGGCCACUGGGUGUAUUCUGGGCUCUUCUGGAAAGACUCUGCCAAAGUGGGGUUGGGAACAAGUGGAAGUCACCUGCACACCAUACGUGAAAGAGACUCCCAAUUCCCUCUGGAACUUUGAAGAUCAUAUAAACCCUAAGUUGCCUAACAUCAGCCUGGAUGUUUUGAAGCCUUCUUUUGUGGAAAUUCUGCUAGAAUCCCACAUGGUUAUGAUCCGGGGAAACAGUGGCCUGAAACCAAAGGACAAUGAAGUUACAUCCAAACCCUGGCACUGGCCCAUCAACUACCAGGGUCUGCGUUUUUCUGGUGUCAAUGAGACAGAUUAUCGAGUUUAUUUGCUGGGAAACCCGGUGGUAUGGUGGCUGAAUCUGUUCACUAUUGGGCUAUAUCUUCUGAUAGCAAUUUCUACUGCAGUGGCACUGAAGAGAGGUGUCCAACUGACUUCUGAACACAAAGAGCUGUCUCGAGUUGUGCUCUGUGGCGGAGGGCAGGUUGCUCUGGGCUGGCUCCUUCAUUACCUACCUUUCUUCAUGAUGGGCCGAGUUCUCUACUUUCACCACUACUUUCCUGCCAUGCUUUUUUCCAGCAUGUUGACAGGAAUCACCUGGGACACACUACUGAAGUUUUUUUCUCAGUUCUUGUCACCCGCUGCUACAGGUAGAAGAGUUUAUGGAGGGGGGAUCCUGGCACUGAUUCUGCUCAUCAUGUACAGCUUCUACCUCUUCCAUCCUCUGUCCUAUGGGAUGAUAGGACCCAUGGCGUCUGACCCCAGCAGCCCCAUGGCAGGGCUCCGGUGGAUGGACUCCUGGGAGUUCUAGAGCCACCAAAAGACCAUCUGGAGACAGAGAGUAAGAAGCAUGAGAACUGCUGCACAGCAAGCUGGUUCUGGCACUUUGGAUGACGUGUAAAGUGUCCUCUCUGGUGAAUUCUGGGUGUAGUAACUCUGUUGCUCUGGCAUUUGUUUGCACUGCCUGCAUUAGGAGAAUCAGAAGCUGAUCCUCUUAGAAAGACUCAUGUUAUGAAUCUUAAGGUGAUAUUCCCAAACGACUGGUUGGUUAGAUCUCAGUUCCUCUGAGCAGUACAUUGGGACUCUUCACAAGCAAACAGCAGUGGCAUUCCAGCAGUCAUACCAGUACAGGUUGGGGGUUGUAUGUAGUUGAAUGUUCACAUGUGUUUUUCCGUCUUCCUUCUUGCCAUUGCAGUUUGAGAGUCGGAUAGUUUCCAGAUAUUGGAACGUGAAUCAUGCUUCAUGACCUUUCUUAUGAUCAGGUUUUUCUUAAACCUUCAAAUAAGCGUGUGGGGAUCUCCUUACUGCUCAGCCUUGGCUGUCUGCAUUUUUAGCUUCAAGCCUGAAUUUUUAGAAUUUGACUGAAAGGGGUUUGUUUGAACCACUCCUGAACCACCGUGCCUCGUCUGUCUCCCAGGCCCUUUGCUGACAGAGAUGGAGAUUGUUUACCCCCUUAUACUGCAUUGCUUUCUGGUCACCUUUAAUCAUUUAUAACAGUCACCUUGCAGGCCUGUGCUCAGAGCCAGACUGUUCCAGCACUGCACUUUGUAGCUUCUUUGCUGUCUGAUGCUGCUGAGGAAAUUACAGUGGGAACAGCAGGUGAUUUAUUUUCUGCCCAGUGUGCUGUGAAGGCUGAUGUUUGGGGGGUGUGCUUUGGGACUAAAAUCAUUGGGUGAAAAUUUUAGAUAGCUGCCAUUUGUCUUUUGAUCCCAGCUAUCUUGGUGCCACUAUCUAUGUUCUUAGGAAAAAGGCUUCAUCUUAAGGAACAUAGCAGCUGCAGAAAUGGCCAUUGGCAUCUGCGCACUGUAUCCCAAUAUUGAGCAUGUUCCCUCCUGUAAAUGGAUGUCCAUCCGAUUACUAUAUAGGAGAAAAUGUGAGGUCAGGCUAAAAGUCUUUAAGUGUCCAGAGCCCUCGGAUGUUGAAUCCCCCCCUUCUGUGUAAGUGGAAUGUAAUCUAUCAGGUGCCUUUCUCCUGUAUUGGGUCUGUUUUUGUUAAUGUUCUUUGUAUUCCAUCUCCAGUUCUUUCCCCAGUUUGAGUUUCUUGUCACAAUUCUUGGUUGCUACUUAGACUCCAGCUGUGUUCUUGUGUCAAGAACUAAUAUUUGCAGAACUCUUUUAUGUAUGUCUCAAGGAACUCAGGCUUCUUGUUUCAGAUUUCUUGCUCUGCUUUUCAGCCUUGCAUUAAAGCUCGGGUACAGGUUUGUGUGUCUGCUAAAACAUCAGUUGUGCAUUCAUUUAUCAAGCCUUGAAUUCUAAUGCAACUCCUACAGCACAGAAGGGCUGCAUUAGCAUCCACAGGACAGUUUUCUGUGUGAGUGUCUGGGACUCCAGUCAGGCUGCCUUUCAUUCCUUUUCAGUAGAGGAGCCAUAGGCAGCUGCUUGCUGUUGUUAGCUUCUGGCUCAGAGUGCCACAGCUUUCUGCAGAAGCCGACUCCUAUAGAAGCUCACACAGAUGGCCUGUGAUUUUGAUUCUAAAGGUUUUGAGUUUAUCACCUGCUGGUAGUUCGUGGUGGGAAGUUGUUACACUAAUUAGCUACUGGAUUUAAUGAUUCUUUUCUACUUGCCUGUUGCAAGCAGUGCUCCCACCUGCGUGAGCCAGGGGUUCAAAGAGAUGAUACAUAGGAGAGAAGGAUGUGGAAGAGGCUGCAGAAGAGCUGUCCUGCAUUAUUUCACAGCAACUGUGAAUUGUCAACUGUUGACAAUAUGGCAGACAGUGCAGUGCUGCCUUUGUAGCAGUGUGAUUCAGCAUCUUUGCUCAGGGUGAGACUAUCAAUGUAAUGCCUGGCUGUCUGAGUAUGAGUUUUUCCUAGGGUAGUGCUAUUGUCAGGGGGAAGGAUUUCCUAAGUGCUGAUAAAAGCUGUGAUCUGCAGGGUAGGGUUUUUUCCAGCCUUUAAUUUGCAUUUAACAUCAAAAAACAACAAUAAGCAAACAAAACUAGAAAAUUUGUGUUAUGGGAUGAUAGAUUCUAACAUUCUUUAUCUGUUAUUCAUCUGAUAGAAGGCACAAAUCAGCUCAGUGACCUCAGCUAUUUUGCUAACGUUGAAGGUGUCUGAAUUGUAAGAACUACUUGAGGAAGGUGAGCCACCGUGUUGCUUGGUCAGAGUACUUCAGUCCUCUGUUGCUGAUAGCAGUGGGUGGGCAUUGGUGGCUCAGUGCAGACAAAGGGUGUGCUGGGUUUCUUUUCUUUUCUUUGGGAUGGCCAAUUCAGAAAGUUUCUUGCAGACAGUUGGCUGGAAUUGAGACUGGCCUGUUUGUGAGGCACUGUGUGCUGGUAGCGGCGUGGAGAUGUACAGUGAAAAAAUGCAGAUAUUCCACCAGGGGGAGCAACCUCCAGCUGCAUUUUUUAAUGAUUCUUAUUUUUGAAUCUGGAGUUAAAAACAUGAAAAGGAUGAUGUUUGAAGACUAGAGGGCAGGUAUGAAAAUGGAAUAUGUUGCGUCUGCCACUUCUGGGCUCCAUGGGUUGGGUUUUCAUGUAACUGAAAUGAUGCUGCUGUAUUCUUUCUGCAGAAGAAAAGUGAAACAGUAGUAUUUGAUUCAAUAUUUACUUCUCAAGAACUAACAUGUAAACAGAAACCUGCCUGCUCUGGUCAUAGCUGGAACUCUGGUCAUAGUAACCAACAUUUUGUGAGUAAAAAUGUAUUUGGGUUCUCUUACCGACAUUGACGUAAAAAGACUGAUGUGGUGCAGCCAUAAGGCAAAGGUUACAGGGCACCCUGCGUUUUGGACACAACCUGGGCUGCUUCAGUUCUGUUCUUCUUUUCGUGUUUGUGGAAUGAGUUCAGGCUCAUCCUGCAGGCUGAUUAUCACGGUCCUGUUCCUCAGCCACAUGGAAAAUAGCUCGCGGUGCUUUCCAGGGCCAGGAGAUGCUGUUCUCUGGAGCAGCUGUUUCUUUGAAGUUCACUUGGCAGGGCUGCUUUUAUCCCUGGUGAAGUGUUUCGUCAAACGUUGUCUGUAAAGUCAGACUACAAAAAGCUGUGUGUUUUCAGGUUCCCUGUUACUUUUAAUUCUAAAACCUAUUUUUCACCUCUUCAGUCCUUGGAGGACAAACAAUAAAAGGCCUCUUGACUCAUUUGGCUCAUCCUAGAUGUGCCAUUCAUCUUAAAACAUGCAGCUCCCUCCAGACACCUCUGCACACACCUAUUCCAGCAGGAGGGACUGCCCCGUUUCCAGGAGGUUGGCUGCACACGCUACAAGGCAGAGCUGUGACUGCGGGAAGGGUUUGAAUGGAGAUUCCUCUGCUGGUAUUAAUCUUGGUUCAAGUGGAGGACUUGUGUUGUGUUCUGCCUGUUGGUGUCGUUCUCAGUUGUGUGAGUGGGACAGCCAGCACCGCUCUCAUUUGCAGCUUCAUUUUUGUACCUCAAUUGAAUGUUCUUGGUGCAUGGAGAGCAUUCUCCUUUUCAGCAAAGGGACUGCACUUGGAGCCAGAUGGGCCCCACCACAUUGGUCAAGUACCAGUUAUGAAAUCAAAAACAUGUGGACUGUUAGGACGUUAGGGGGGGUUCUUAAGUGAUUCUGUCCUAUAUUCUGGGCCUUUCUUACUAAUGAUGCUGUACGUGUGUGCACACAUGCACACGUGUGCACCCAUCCAUGAUCUGACUGUCUUCUGAUUUUUUUGGGAUGGGGUUUCUGCACUGUACAGUAUGCAGAGAGAAUGUAGGAGAAUGGUUCCUUGAGCUGUGAAUAUAUUUUGUACAGGGGAACAUGAAAAAUGUGGUAGAAUUUUUAAUUCAAUUUUGUAAUAAAUACCUCUUUCAAGCAUU